AUGGUAGUAUGUCAUAUGUUUGAAGAAAUACGCUACGAACUCAAUGGUGUUGGGAUUGAUCGUAACAAAAAUGUUGGUAUCACAAGUCUCAUGAAAGGAUACACGUCACUGAGUCCAGCUCAACAAAAUACACUCGAGAACUCAGGCUGGAUUAUGGAUGAAGCUGUAAACAAAUUACACAAUGACAAUAGCUACUUUGAUGUAUCUAUACCACUGAGUCUUUUGCUUGGAUUUGCUGAAGAUUACCAUAAAGUUGUCAGCAAUGCAAAGCAUGAAUUGAUUUUAAUAAGAUCAAAUGCUGAUUUGAAUGCCUACAUUGUGGCCACACCUGCUGCUGGAGCUCAUGCUGAAGCUGUUAAAAUUACGCUGCGAAAAAUCGAGUGGAUUGUACUGUAUAAGACUAUGGCUGAUAAACAAAAAAUUGAAGCUUUGAAUUAUAUCACAAGUGAUCCAGCUAUCUCAAUCAGUUUCCGGGCUUGGGAGCUGUACGAGUAUCCACUAUUACCUAAUACUUCGAAGCAGAUUUGGGCUGUCAAAACAUCUACGCAACUUGAGAAACCACGUUUUGUAAUCCUUGGAUUUCAAACGGCAAGAAAAAAUGAUACAACUAAAAAUGCCAGCGUGUUUGAUCACUGCAACAUUAGGGAUAUAAAAUUAUUUUUAAACUCUCAGAGUUAUCCUUAUGGGAAUUUAAACCUCAACAUUGCAAACAAUGAAUAUGCCUUGUUGUAA